AUGCCCACGUUGGCUCACGUAUUAGUUGUUGCGCAUUUGUUCGGCACAAUUGAAUAUGACUGGGGAAAAACGCAUGUUGAACUAAAACUUGAAGCUUAUGCCUUAGAUUCAGCGGCAUUUUUACAAAAUUCGACUACAUCUAUAUUCGAUGAAACACAAGCCACGACAGUCUCAUCUGGAACACAAGUUGAAUCAGGUGGAUGGAACUUUGCUUUCAAUCUUACUUAA